AUGAUAUAUUUUACUCAACACUGGCAACAACAACAACAGCGACAGCAGCUGCCGUUGGACGGUUGCUUCGGGACCGCUACUGCCUGCCAAUUGAACGGCAACGAAAGCAGCGACAGCAGCUGCAAUCCCAGCGACUCCAGCAGCAAUUACAACAGCAGAACCAGCAGCAAUAACACCAGCUUCUCGUUCGACGACGACAACUGUACACAGCAACGACAACAGCAGGAGGGCCUGGAGCAUUUGUGGGUGGUUGAUGGGAUGUACUUCACCCCCAGCGACUCUCACUCGAGAGCACGAUCUGCAGUUGAGAGCACUACCGCCACCAACAGAGGAAAAGAUCGACGCCCACUUCCCUCAUUUCCCACAUCCUCGUCUCCUACUCCCGUUGCAUCGACUUCAACAGCAUCUGCGCUGGCACUCUCGCCACCACCUUCCCCAACGAUUCCAGCAAGACCACCGCUCAUCAGGAUCGAGUCCCAGGAACUCCUCCCGACCCGCCGUCCAGAGGUGUGGUUCCGAAGAUCGUCCUCUUCCAACUCUCUCUGUUCCUUGGCCUCUCGUCGGAGUAACAUUUCACGUCGCGACCCGCAACAACACCAGCAACAAUACCAGCAGCCACCAGAGCAACAGCAAGAGCAACAACAGCUGCAACAACAGCUACUACAACAACAUCAUCAGCAGACCGCCAAAACCGUCCACUGGGCGUCCCAUAGUGAAGUCUUUUUCAUUGAGACUGUUGAGGACUUGAUAGAUAUGGGGUACUUUGACGACUAUGAUUGUGAGAUGGGAUGGGAUUAUCGUGACGAGAGUCUGGAUGACGAUUUUUCGGUGACGAUGGAUUCUGAGGAGGACGAUGAUCUUGGAAGCGACUUUGAUGCCAUGAGUGAGAGGGAUGAGGCGGAGGAGGAUUUGGAGAGUCCGUCGGAGGAUGAACGGUUUGAGUACAUGUAUCGACGAAGUAUGAUUGAGAGGGCCCCAUCCUUUGACGAUGAUGAUAGUGAAGGUGAGGAGGAUAUGGAGGUGGAGAGUUCGGUUGCGGAGGAUGAGUUGAUCUAUCGUAUGGCGUCAGACCAGUUAUCGGAGCAGUACGAUGGUGUGAGCGGGAUCAUCCAACGAUUCCAGGCUCUCGAGAACCAGAACCAGAGCAAUGGUUUCACAAGAUUCAGUUCAAGCAGUGGGAUGUCGUCCGGAAUGAUCUCCCCUCCUGCGUCACCGUCGUCCCUGUAUCCCCCUCCACGACGGUCAAGUCUCACGUACCAGUCUAUUGUCGUCAGCAAGAGCGAUUGUGGUAGGAGCUCGUCUCCGACGUCGUCAUUGGGGUACUUGCCCUCGCCUUCCUGUUCGGCUCCGACAUCGCCCAAUCUGGCGCCUGCUAUAUCUUCGCCGAUUGCCUCUUCUGCGUUGAAAGGCAAGGACGGACCACCGAAGUCGGAUAGUGCGCAGGCCCUAGAUGAGGUUGCGGAGCGCAGUCGGAAAGGCCUCUUCGCAGUCAACAAACCCACCGGGAUCACCUCAACCACCAUCCUCGAUCACCUACAACAUGUCUGCAAACGGAAUCAGUCUCACCCCUUAGUCAAGGGCGUUCUAGAAGUCGACGGUUCGAAAAGGGCACAGAAGCGCGGAUUGGUCAAGAUUGGUCAUGGCGGCACGCUGGAUCCUUUGGCGCGGGGGAUAGUUGUGGUUGGGAUGGGAAUUGGGUGCAAGAAACUUCAUAACAUGAGCGGAUCCUCCAAGGUCUACAUUGCGGAAGCGCGGUUAGGAUACAGCUCAACGACUCUGGACUCAACAGGAUCUUUAGUUGACCAGAAACCGACAGACCAUAUCACCAAGGAACGGUUACUGGAUGCCCUUCAAGCCUUCAAAGGCGAGAUUUCCCAAACCCCACCCUUGUACUCGGCGCUGAAUAUGGAUGGAAAGAGAUUGUACGACUAUGCGCGUGAGGGGAUUCCGUUACCGAGAGAGAUCCCGUCAAGGAAGGUGCAGAUCCAUGGAUUGGACUUGCUCUCGUAUCCGGAUGAGGUGACAGUUCCAGAUCCUUGUCUGCAAGCCUUUGGGUUCCAGCUCGAUACCGAUUCCUCUGAUGCUUCCGUGAGUGACUCUUCCGUCGUCAACAGCUGUGACAAUGUCACAUUAAGCGGCGAUGAGGAUGACAAGAGCACGGCAGGAUCGAACGACGACUUAAAGGACGGCAUUCAGGAGGAACAGAAAACCUUUCGCCCAAAGAAAUUCAGCGACCCAACACUGACCGACCCAAAUCAUAUCCCCAUCCCACCGCCAACCAUCGGCGACAAAAGUCUCUAUUUCCAUAUUCGGGUCCAUUGCUCUUCGGGAACCUAUAUCCGUACAUUGAUUGCCGACAUUGCUUCGCAUUUGGGGACAGUGGGGUUGAUGACGGACUUGUUAAGGGUUGAGCAGUCGGGUUAUCGAUUAGGUGGUCCUGCGACUUUGGAGAUGCGCGAGUGUGAGGAUUUGGAGAGGGUUGAGGAUGCUAUCCAGGCUGGGAACCGGAUCUGGGAUGAGCGUACUCGUCAGCAUCACCAGGAAUAA